CUGUCAAUCACAACACUCGAGUUCUCCAGCUCAACAAGACUUUUAUUGACUUGCACAAGCAUCGUUGCCCAGCGUUUUGUAAGAUGAAGUUCCUUUUCGUGGUCGCUCUUAUCGCCUUGGCCAUUCAGUUGGCUUAUUCUGCAAGUGGUUCUGAAGAUACUGCCACUACUACCACUGCUGCCACCACUACGACAACCACAGCGGCAACAACGACAACAUCGGCGUCGGCAACCACCUCGACCACUGCCGCAUCCACCCACAAGAAGCGUUGUUGGAAGGGCAACAACUGGUGCCACACACGCAUCCCGAAUAAGAAGUGCAAGCACCCCAAAAGGUGCCACAAAACCGUCGUGAUUGUGACCCGCAGGAAGAACUAAGAGACAACUUUUUUAAUUUCAACAUAAAUAUCUAGAAAAAGAUUUAGUCCUUUUUAUAUUCUUUUCUGGCUGGAUUUUCUAUUAUUAUGUCAAUAAAAUUCCCUCAACGAGUUUUGCAAAUUAAUAAAAUUAAAACUAUUCAUUUAAAA